UUAUCGAGCGACCCGCAAUGGAUUUGAUUCCAAAGAACUUAUCACCAGACUUAAAAGUAGUUCAACGGUUUUGUUAAUUAAGGUUAAAAAUUCAGAUAGUAUAAUUGGUGGAUACAUUAAGAAACUUACUUAUUCUACUUAUUCCGGUUUUGGUAGAACUGAAAGUCCUGAAGGGUUUUUCAUUUAUUUUGGAAAUGGAAAAGACUCUAAUAUUCAUGAACCCUGUAAAAUUUAUUAUGAUACAUCAUCGAUAGUUUUCGGACAUGGCCGUUUGAAAUUGCUUGGACAUAAUGGGACCUGUUCGAUGUUGGAACGUUCCAAUUUUAUUGCUGAAGAAAUUGAAAUAUUCAACAAUAAAAUUAAUAAUUAA